CUUCGUAAGCAGUCAUAAUUCAACUUCUUAGCCAAGCGUGUGUUCGACGGUGCAGUGCGCAGUAAUAAACUUUUUGGAAAAAUCCUAUAAAUCGGAACAUACAAAUUCUCAGCAAAUAUGAAAGUCGUCAUUACAUUUGUCGCAUUAUUCGCAAUCGCCGUCGCUGUACCUAUCGACGAUCCGUCACAAGCACAAAUUUUGCGUUUGGAUUCCGAUGUAAAACCUGAUGGAUACUCAUUUGCUUUGGAGACCAGCGAUGGCAAGACUCAUAAUGAGGAAGGUCAGUUGAAGAAUAUUGGUGCCGAGGAUGAGACAAUUGUUGCACGCGGCUCGUAUUCAUUCGUUGCUGAUGAUGGUCAAACCUACACGGUUAACUACAUCGCCGAUGAGAAUGGUUUCCAACCCGAAGGUGCUCACUUACCUAAUGUGGGUAUUCACUAAAUACGUAUACGGACACAAAUUGAUCAGGCGCAUCACAAAUGAAAUAUAUUUUGGAUUGUAUCAUCUCGAGAAGUGAAACAGUUUCUUUUUUAAUUUUUGUAUACCUCAAAUGUAGUAGUAAAAAAUGAAAUUGUUGGUUUAAAUAUGUAAAAAGAAUUAGAAUGAAAAAUACAAAAAGGACAGCCGAAAUUAUAUUUUAAAAAUUAUGAAA